UGUGUAGCGCGGGUACAGAGGUUCCUGGUCACCAAGCUAGGAGAGGACUGGAUCUUUCUGGUGCUGCUGGGCAUCUCAAUGGCGCUGGUCAGCUGGACCAUGGACUACACCAGUGCCAAGAGUCUACAAUGUACAACAAUACCCACAAUGCAACACACUAAACAAUCUUGUUUUAUGAUGAUGAGAUAUGUUUUUACAAUGCUUGCAUUCAAGCCACUGAACCGGCAACUCAUACAGGUGCAUGAAUGCUUUUACAGCAUAAAUAGUUAUCUAACUAGACACCUGGUUGCUUAUUGUUGAGGGUUAGGCAGAGUGAUUAUCAAAAAGUGUUGCAAAACAGUUCCGUGGUAUCCUGAUAUGCAAAAUGAAUCUUGCAAAACAAACAUUACAAAACGUUAUACUUUAAAUUAUAAAUUAGGUUUACAGUCAUUACCCAUAUUAGGGGGUUUAGUGAUGUUUGUAUGAUGGAGUCCCUCAAGGCUCUGUUCUUGGACCGCUAAUGUGCUAAUUUUAUAUGCUACCUCUCAGUGAUGUUAUUCAUAAACACAGAGUACAUUUUACAGAGUACAGAUACGUGGGUGAAACACAUCUGUACACUGUAAAAAAUAAAAACAAAAUAAAAUAUUUUUGAUUCAACUUCCAAAAGUUUGUUACCAGGCUGCCUUAAAAUGUCAUGUGAAGUCCAAUCUGGAUUUUGUGUGGAGUUAACUUAUUCUAAAGUUACUUCAACCUUGUAAAGUAAGUGGAACUGACAAAUUUGGAUGUAAUAACUUGUUGAGUGAACUUGAUACUUUUAGUCAAAUCAAUGUGCUUCAACUGAAUUUUUUUGUUGUGCUAACAAAGCUACACAAGUUGUUUUGACAAAUUCCUAAGUGUAGAGGACAAGUAUUUGCUAGUCAGAAAAACAAAACUAUGUUGUUUCAACUUACCAAAGUUUGCUACCAGGCUGCCUUAAAAUGUAAAGUUGUGUCAACCUCCUAUACAGUUGAAACAACUACUUUGAAAAUUACACAUUUCAGAACUGACUAAGUCUUUGAAAUGAUAUAAUAGAGAUUUCAGUAGGGACAUUACGCUCCCAUCUGUCUCUUCAUCAUGUGUGAGCUUUUGAAGUGUACUGAGUAAUGUCAACCAACCAACAAAUCACGUUAACUACAAUGGCAUUCUCAGUAACAGUGACAGAAACGUUUUACUUGGCACAUUUUACGUGUUUUUUUUUUUAAUCUACCUUCAACUGAAGUCGCUCUGGAUAGAAGCGUCUGCUAAAUGUACAAAAUGUAAAUAUAAAAAUUAACGGUUGCAAAGCAUGCUGGGUAUUAUUCUAAUGAGUUCGGCUCCCCAAACAUACGUUGAAGUCAUCUGAACUUGACACUUUCAGUCAACACUACUGUUACAGUGCAUUCAGAAAGUAUUCAGACCCCUUUACUUUUUCCACAUUUUGUUACGUUACAGCAUUAUUCUAAAAUGGAUUAAAUAUUUUUUUUUUCUCAUCAAUCUACACACAGUACCCCAUAAUGACAAAGUGAAAAAAGGGUUUUAGACAUUUUUGCACAUUUACGAAAAAUAAAAACAGAAAUACUUUAUUUACAUAUUCAGACCCUUUGCUAUGAGACUCGAAAUUGAGCUCAGGUGCAUACUGUUUCCAUUGAUGAUCCUUUAGAUGUUUCUACAACUUGAUUGGAGUCCACCUGUGGUAAAUUCAAUUGAUUGGACAUGAUUUGGAAAGGCACACACCUGUCUAUAUAAGGUCCCACAGUUGACAGUGCAUAUCAGAGCAAAAACCAAGCCAUGAGGUCGUAGGAAUUGUUCGUAGAGCUCCGAGACAGGAUUGUGUCGAGGCACAGACCUGGGGAAGGGUACCAAAAAAAUUCUGCAGCGUUGAAGGUCCCAAAGAACAGUGGCCUCCAUCAUUUUUAAAUAGAAGAAGUUUGGAACCACCAAGACUCUUCCUAGAGCUGGCUGCCCGGCCAAACCGAGCAAUCGGGGGAGAAGGGCCUUGGUCAGGGAGGUGACCAAGAACCUGAUGGUCACUCUGACAGAGCUCCAGAGUUCCUCUGUGGAGAUGGGAGAACCUUCCAGAAGGACAACCAUCUCUGCAGACGGAAGCCACUCCUCAGUAAAAGGCACAUGACACCUCACUUAGCGUUUGCCAAAAGGCACCUAAAGGACUCUCAGACCAUGAGAAACAAGAUUAUCUGGUCUGAUGAAUCCAAGAUUGAACUCUUUGGAAACCUGGCACCAACCCUACAGUGAAGCAUGGUGGUGGCAGCAUCAUGCUGUGGGGAUGCUGUUCAGCGGCAGGGACUGGGAGACUAGUCAGGAUCAAGGGAAAGAUGAACGGCGAAAAGUACAGAGAGAUCCUUGAUGAAAACCUUCUCCAGAGUGCUCAGGACCUCAGAGUGGGGUGAAGGUUCACCUUCCAACACGACAACGCAGCAGUGGCUUCAGGACAAGUCUCUGAAUGUCCUUGAGUGGCCCAGCCAGAGCCCAGACUUGAACCCGAUCGAACAUCUCUGGAGAGACCUGAAAAUGGCUGUGCAGCGGCGCUCCCCAUCCAACCUGACAGAGCUUGAGAGGAUCUGCAGAGAAGAAUGGGAGAAACUCCCCAAAUAUAGGUGUGCCAAGCUUGUAGCGUCAUACCCAAGAAGACUCAAGGCUGUAAUUGCUGCCAAAGGUGCUUCAACAAAGUACUGAGUAAAGGGUCUGAAUAUUUAUGUAAAUGUUAUAUUUCCUUUUUUUUAUAUAUAUAUAUAAAUGUGUAAACAUUUCUAAACCUGUUUUUGCUUUGUCAUUAUGGGGUAUUGUGUGUAGAUUGAUGAGGGGGGGAAAAACGACUUAAUCCAUUUUAGAGUAAGGCUGUAACGUAACAAAAUGUGGAAAAAGUCAAGGGGUCUGAAUACUUUCUGAAUGCACCGUAUGUUGCUUCAGUUGAUUUGACUUCAUGGUUGUGAAUUUCUAAGUUAAGUAAACAUUGUUUUUUUGCUAACUCAAUUUGAUUUGAUAAGCUUUGACAUUUUGAAGUCAACUCAACUUAAUAUUUUGUCAACUCAACAAAUUUAGCAAAUUUAGUUGACUUAGCUAGAUAAAACGAGUCAUUUUGACUGAAUCUCAAUAUCUUUUUUUACAGUGUACAUUUCAAUGAAACCUGGGGAAGCUCAGCAAGUCAGUGCCCCUCUUACAGAAUAUUACUAAUGCCAAGAGAAACAUCUACAAAUGGAAAAGGACAUCUGUCAGUCCAAAUGGAUUGACAUUUGACCCUAGAAAAGGGCAUCUUAAAGAGUAUUUUCUUUGUAACUGUCUGUCAGUGUCUGCCCUGUCAUAACCAACUUCCCUUUCUCACCUCCCUUACCUUAUCCUACAUCCUCUUCCCUCAUUUUCACCCCGUGUUCUGUCUUCCCCUCAUUUCCUCCUCCCCCUCCUCACUAUUUCCCUUCUUCCUUACCCCCUCUGUUUUGCUCACCUUCUCCUCUACCUUCCUGCUUUUUCUCACAACCCUUCACAUGCCUCACUUUCACCCCUCUCCUCAAAUCCUCUCCCAUCCCUCUCCCAUCCCUCUGUCCCUGCCUCUGUCCCCAUGUCAGUGUAUAAGUGGAUUCACUGGGAGCUGAGGGGUAAUGUCCUGCUCCAGUACCUGGCCUGGGUCAGCUAUCCCAUGGUGCUCAUCAUGUUCGCCUCCUUCUUUUGCCACCUGGUCGCUCCGCAAGCCAUUGGUGUGUACCCGCUCGCGCACUCAAUGCUUACUGCUUACUUUUCCCACCACCUGCCACCCUUAAUGACCUGUUACCCACAAUCUGUUAUCCAUUGAUCUUCUCCCUUCUCUGCUUAUGUACCUACCUAGCCAUGUCCUCACUGUCUAUUAAGAGUUAUGACCCUUUCUUGUUGUUCCAAGUCAAACAUAAAUUUAGUUUUCCUGUAAAACAAAAUGUUUGUAAUUCUAUCUCUUCCCUGACCUCUUUUCACCUCCCCGACCUGUCUGUCUCUCUGUCUCGCUCUUUCUCUUUCUCUUUUUCUCUCUUUCUCUUUCUCUCAGGCUCUGGUAUUCCUGAGCUGAAGACCAUUCUCAGAGGGGUAGUGUUGAAGGAGUAUCUGACUCUCAGGGCUUUUACUGCCAAAGUCAUUGGUCUGACUGCAGGUCUGGGCAGUGGGAUGCCAGUGGGGAAAGAGGUGGGUUACACACACUCACAUCAGAUUCCCUGAUUAUUGCUAUCUAAAAAGCGAUUAAAAGUUUCCUUGUUUCUGCCCACUUGUCUUCCACUUUUGCUUCCCAAGGGCCCAUUUGUUCACAUCGCCAGCAUCUGUGCUGCUGUGCUGAGCAAGUGUAUGACGUUCUUCUCAGGAGUCCAUCAGGUAGGCAGUUACUUGACCAGCAUUAUCUCCCGAGUGGCGCAGUGGUCUAAGGCACUGCAUCGCAGUGCUAGUUGUGCCACUAGAGAUCCUGGUUCGAAUCCAGGCUCUGUCGUGGCUGGCCGUGACCGGGAGACCCAUGGGGCAGCGCACAAUUGGCCCAGCGUUGUCCAUGGUAGGGGAAGGGAAUGGCCGGCAACGAUGUAGCUCAGUUGGUAGAGCAUGGCGUUUGCAACACCAGGGUUGUGGGUUCGAUUCCCACGGGGGGCCAGUAUGAAAAAAUAAAAUAAUGUAUGCACUCACUAACUGUAAGUCGCUCUGGAUAAGAGCGUCUACUUAAAUGUAAAUGAGAACAACAAGGGCAUUACAGUUUUGUCAGAUCACUUCGCAUUCUACUUUUAGGUGUUUUUCCAUUGACUUUCUCUUUUCCUCCCUCUGUUCCUUGUCUACUUGUAUGGGAUCCCCGUACCCCUUUCCCUCUAUCUGUCUGUCCCUUCCUCUCUCUCUCCGUCUCUCCCCUUUCUCUCUCUAUCUCUCUGCUGCCCUCUCUCUGUCACCCUCUCUGUGUGUCAGUAGAGCCCAUACUGCUACACAGACAUCCUCACAGUUGGCUGUGCAGUUGGGGUGGGCUGCUGUUUCGGUACCCCUCUUGGAGGUACAACACUAUUUUAUUUUUCCUUCUAGCAAUUCUCCUUCCAUUCAUCUAGUAUAAAGCAAGCUACAAAAUCAGCUGAAACAAUCAAUAUAGGCGUAGUGUUGAAAUUGCCUCAGUUAUAUUUGUGACAGGUCAUCAUAGCAAGUCUUCAGUGUCAAAAUGCAAUAUGCAAUCUAGACUUGAACUAAGUGCCACAUUUUCUGAUAUGAUCUGACUGAUAUUUGACCUCUCUUGCUUUGAUCCUGUUGUUCCACCAGGGGUGCUGUUCAGUAUAGAAGUGACGUCCACUUACUUUGCUGUGAGGAACUACUGGAGAGGUUAUUUUGCUGCCACCUUCAGUGCCUUCAUAUUCAGAGUGCUCUCUGUGUUCAACAAAGAUGCAGGUAGGUCAAUUAACUACAUGUACUAUGAGGUAUUGUGUAUAGGCCAGUGACAAGAAAUCAAAAUGUAAUCUAUUUUAAAUUCAGGCUGUAACACAACAAAAAAGGUCAAGGGGUGUGAAUACUUUCUGAAGGCACGAUAUAUGAUAAAUAGUAUAAUGUGCAUGUAUAAGUUCUAAGACUCUCUAUCUCUCUAUUUCCCUGCACCCCCUGUCCUCUCGUCCACCAUAGUCACCAUCACUGCUCUCUUCCGCACCAAGUUUCCGCAUGGACUUCCCCUUUGA